AUGGGUUCCUUGAGUCCAAGUCACAUGCCGCUGACGGACAUAGACAAGGGUCCAAUGUCGUGUCUCGACCAGCCAUCCGCGUCGACCUCACAGCCCAAUAUGGAAAAGCAGGCGACCAGAGAUGAGGUCAAGAUGCACAUUCUCCGAGACACCAAGGGCAUAGAAGAGCAUUACGCACAUGCCACCGAACCUCCAAUAGGAACCAAAAGCUUGGGGACGGCGCCGUACAUCUGCAAUCACUGGUAUCACGGCCGCUGCAAACUGGGAGAGGACUGCAAGUUCGUGCAUCGCCUAGAGCCUUCGUUGAAGCUGGCAAGAAACCUCGUGAAGCAUAGGAAGCCAUGUGGCCUUGAUCGGUGUCGAUUCAAGAACGAAGUCCCGUUGCAGAAGAAGAAGAAGCAUGGUCGUCAGGACUCCGUGACGGGUGCGAAUACUGUCGGUCUACUGAAUGGGAGCCAGCCGGCCAUCACGACUCCUAGUGAUCUACAAGACCGGCCCAGCAUCUUCUCAUCCGGCUUUCCAGGUGUCCAAAACGGGCAGCACAAGACAGUCGUUGAGCAAACUCAAGGCCAGAAGCGAAAGUUCGUCGACUUUCACUACGACGACGCGAGACAGUGGGAUUCCAGCAGAGCCAACGAGAUCGAUUACGAUGGCCACCGUGGUAGUGAGACAUCUCAUCCAACCGGUCCUGGCGUUCAAGAAUCUUUGAGAGCAUCCACGAACCUCCAAGCCCCUCCAGAAAUGCCUCUCGCCCAAGCCAUCGAACAGAUCAUUGGCAGCCUCAAGCAAGCUCGCGCCAUAGAGACGGGACGUGAAGCUUCUGUUCACACGUCAGCAUCGCCAGCCUAUGCCAACACCACCACGCCAACAUCUCAAGGCCAUGCCAACACUGCCAUGCAAGCAUCGCCAGAAGACGAUGUCACCCCUCCCCGCAAGAAAAGCAAACGCGUCAAAGCGACCGCAGCAAACGAGACCUGCUUUUUCUGGUACCACGGACACUGCUCACGGUCCAAAGACGCCCGUCGCGGCUUCGCGUGUCCCUUUCUUCACGAGCUCACUGACCGGCCAACUAUGGUCCAGCCUCCACCCGGCUACGUUCAUAGAGGGCCUUGCAUGAGGGAGUGGUGCCCCGGCGAUGCUCGUGGCGCGUUGAAGUCGAACAGGUACGAGAGAGGAGGGAAUGAAGGCGUGAAAGCGGACGCGUCGAGAGGUGAGACGGGGAAGGAGGACGACCAGCACGAGGACGACGACGACGACGACGACGACAGAGACAAGGAGAGCCAAGAAGAGUGGUUCCUGACGGGCUUCGAGGAACCAGAGUAG